GAGGACGGCGGCUGCGGCGGCGGCGGCGGCGGCAGCGUAGCCGGCACCGGCGGCCCCGAGGCGGCGGCGCUGGACGAGCUCCGCUCCUGGUGGGAAGUCCCGGCCAUCGCGCACUUUUGCUCGCUCUUCCGCACCGCCUUCCGCCUGCCGGACUUCGAGAUCGAGGAACUGGAAGCUGCUCUUCACGGGGAUGAUGUGGAGUUCAUCAGCGACCUGAUCGCUUGCCUUCUUCAAGGUUGCUAUCAGCGCAGAGACAUCACAUCCCAGACGUUUCACAGCUACCUGGAGGACAUCAUCAACUACCGCUGGGAGCUGGAGGAAGGGAAGCCCAACCCUCUGAGGGAGUGCACUUUCCAGGAGCUGCCCCUGCGCACGCGGGUGGAGAUCCUGCACCGCCUCUGUGACUACCGCCUCGACGCGGACGAUGUCUUCGACCUCCUCAAGGGCUUGGACGCCGACAGCCUCCGCGUGGAGCCGCUGGGCGAGGACAGCAGCGGUGCCCUGUACUGGUACUUCUACGGCACCAGGAUGUACAAGGAGGACCCGGUGCAGGGCAAAACCAACGGGGAGCUGGCUGCAGACAGGGGAUGUGGGGGGCAGACAAACACCCCAAAUGUUCCUGGGAAAACGGGCAAGAGACGAGGGCGACCUCCAAAGCGGAAAAAACUACUGGAGGAAAAUUUGCUGAGGGAGAAGGCAGAAGAAAGCUUGCUUAUCCACGAGACUCAGAUAAGAAAUGGGUCCCAGGGGCCUGGCCGUGGGACAUGGUGGUUGCUGUGCCAGACGGAAGAGGAGUGGAGGCAGGUCACAGAGAGCUUCAGAGAGAGGACUUCCCUUAGAGAGAGGCAGCUCUACAAACUCUUGAGUGAAGACUUCCUGCCGGAGAUCUGCAACAUGAUUGCACAGAAGGAGAAGCGUCUGCAGCGGACAGAGUUUUCUCCCAGGUGGAUGUCUGACCAUCAGCCCAUCAAACCAAUCAAGCAGGAGGUAAACCCGAAUGUGCUGAGCUCAAUGGAGAAGCAGAGGCGCAGAGAGGAAGAGGAGGAGCGCCAGAUCCUUAUAGCAGUGCAGAAGAGGGAGCAGGAACAGCUGCUAAAGGAGGAGAGGAAGAGGGAGAUGGAGGAGAAGGUCAAAGCAGUGGAAGAACGGGCCAGGAGGAGGAAACUUCGUGAAGAGCGGGCCUGGCUGCUGGCACAGGGGAAGGAGCUCCCCCCUGAGCUUUCCCACUUGGAUCCCAGUUCCCCUGGCAGGGAAGAGCGAAGGACCAAGGACAUCUUUGAACUGGACGAUGAGUUCACAGCCAUGUACAAAGUUCUAGAUGUGGUGAAGGCUCACAAGGACUCCUGGCCCUUCUUGGAGCCCGUUGACGAAUCCUAUGCUCCCAACUAUUACCAGAUCAUUAAGGCCCCCAUGGAUAUCUCUAGCAUGGAGAAGAAGUUGAAUGGAGGUCAGUACUGCACCAAGGAUGAAUUUGUGGGUGAUAUGAAGACCAUGUUCAGGAACUGUCUUAAGUACAACGGUGAAGGCAGUGAGUAUACAAAGAUGGCUUACAACUUGGAGAGGUGUUUCCACCGUGCAAUGAUGAAGCACUUCCCUGGGGAAGACGGAGACACAGAUGAGGAGUUUUGGAUCAGAGAGGACGGGAGACGAGAGAAGAGGAGCCGGCGGACCGGCCGCUCCAGCACAGGCAGCGUCUGGACUCGGUCACGGGACCCAGAUGGGCAUGGCAAGAGACAGCAACGCCUGGAAAACGGAGGCAAACCUCCACCAUAUCGAGCUGCUUCCAGGGCUCCCGCUUCUUCCUCCUCUUCCUCUUCCUCCUCCUUCUCCUCGUCCUCUGUGGAUGACCCAAGUGGCAACGCAGUGCAGAGUGCUCGAGAAGUGGGCCCUUCCAACGGGCGAGGCUUCCCCCGCUCCCUGCAGUAUGGAGGCAUGCCCAGCCCUGUGCCACAUCCUGGGCAGAUGAGACCAGCGGUGCCGGGAACCUUUGGCCCUUUGCAUGGAUCCGAUCCCACAAAACUGUACGGCUCUCCGCGAGUGCCCGAGCCCCAUCCCGGAGACCCGGUCCAGCAGCACCAGCACUUUGCCAUGCAGCCGGCCGUGGGACUGAGCGAGCACCGCGGGCACCGGCUGGGCACUCCGGAGAAGCAGCCGUGCGCGGCGCCGGCCCACGUGGCCGGGCUGGGCCCCCGCCUGGGCUCCCUGCAGCUGGGGCGCGUGGGGGGCCCCCCGCCCGACGCCGUCUACCCACCGGCCCAGUUCCAGCAGGGCUUCCUCCCGCCGCGGCACAACGGGCCCGCGGUGAAGGCGCCGGAGGGCUCGGAGGUGCCCCCGGGACACAUGUACCGGCCCUACAAGUACCUGAACCGCACGCAUGCGGCCCUGUGGAACGGCAGCCACGGCCAGGCCGCUGUGGGGCCGGAGGAGAAGGCGCCCAUGGGGCCGGGGCCCUCUCUCCAGCCCCGGGUCCUGGGUCAUAUGAUGGACCCGCGGGCCAUGAGGCCGCCGCUGCCUCCCAGCCAGUGGAGCGAGCAAUCAAAUUUCCUACCUCACGGGGUGCCUCCCUCAGGGUACAUCCGGCCGCCUGGGAAGGGCGCGGGUCAGAGGAUGCCGCAGCCGCCGGCCGCUCUCUUUGGGGGGCCGCCUCAGGUUCAGAGAGGGUGCCAGGGCGGGGACUCCAUGCUGGACAGCCCGGAGAUGAUCGCCAUGCAGCAGCUGUCGUCCCGCGUGUGCCCGCCGGGUGUGCCUUACCACCCUCGCCAGCCGCCCCCGCCGCACCUCCCCGGGCCCUUUCCCCAGCUGGCUCACGCCGCCUCGGCCGGCGGCCAGCCCCCAAAAGCCAUGGGAAACGGGAGCUCCCAGGAGCCAGCCGGCCACGCCAUGGACAUGGACAGCAACCAAGUGGACGCGCUGGCAGGCAUGGACGAGAAGGCUCAGUGCAUCAGCAUUCCCGACGGGCCCUACGCCAAACUCCUACCUCAUCCCAAGCCCCCGCUGCCCAUGGAGUGCACGAGGCGCGCCUUGCCCCCGGAUGGGGAGGGGGAUGGCCCCGCUGGGAAGGGCGACCUGAAGGCAGGGCAGGGCAAAGGCGCGUGGUCAGCAGAGAGCGGCUACGCCGGCGACCCUGGCUGCGUGAGGGACCUGGUGCCCGCCUCCGAAAGGGGGGGUCCCCUGCCUCAGAAUGGGGCGGCGGGCGAGGGGCCGGCAGCCGGCCCCGAGGGGAAGGGGCUGGCUGCCAACCUGCUGGAGAAGCCCCUCUGCGGCGGGGGCAAGGCCCUGCCCGAAGCAGCCGUGCCUUGCAUGGGACAGGGCAGCGGCCUCCCUGGCGUGGAUGCCACCUCCAUGGGGGCCACCCCCAACCAGUUUCAUCCUCUCUACAUGUCCAGUCUGGAAUACCCGAAUUCAGCCGGGCGGUACCACAUCAACCCAGGCCUGCAGGGGUUCAGCCCCGUGAUGGGGGGGAAGCCACCUCCUCCUGCCUCCCAUCCCCAGCAUUUUCCCCCGCGGGGUUUCCAGCCAAGCAGCGCCCACCCCGGCGUCUUCCCACGGUACCGGCCGCCCCAGGGAAUGCCGUAUCCCUACCAGCCACAGCCCCAGCCUUCCUACCACCACUACCAGCGACCGCCCUACUACGGCUGCCCGCAGGGCUACUCGGACUGGCAGAGACCUCUCCACGCCCAGGCCAGCCCCAGCGGGCACCCCGGUGCCCACCCGUCCCUGGCCAGGCCCCCUUUCCCAGAGCGGGGCUCCGCCGGCCUGCAGGGCUGCGAGGCGCUGAGCGCCGCCCUGGCCUCUCCCAGCCGCGUGGAUGGAGCAAGUGCCAAAGAGGUUUCUCCAAGCGACGGGCAGGAGCUGGGCCCUGAAGAUGAGAAGUCCGAGGAGUCCCAGGAAAGGCCGGAGAGUCCCAAAGAGUUUCUUGAUUUGGACAACCACAAUGCAGCCGCUAAGAGGCAGAGCUCAGUGGCAGCGGGGGAGUUCCUCUACGGGGCCCCCCCACCACACUUGGGUGCAGGGAUGGGAUUCGGCCCCUCGGCUUUCCCUCCCCACGGGGUGAUGCUACAGACUGGCUCUCCUUAUGGAUCCCGGCAUCCUGCCAGCCACUUCCAGCCCAGGACGUAUGGAUCGCCCAUGAAUGCUCACCUGUCUCAUCACCCAGCCUCCAGCCAGGCCAAUGGCCUCUCUCAGGAGGGCCCCCUGUACCGCUGCCGAGAGGAGAACGUGGGUCACUUUCAGGCCUUGCUGAUGGAUCAGAGAGGCAGUGGAGGUGGCAUGGGGGGGCCACCCCAGGACUUGUAUAGACCCUCGGGAAUGCAAAUGCAUCAGGCUCAAGUUCCUUUCCCGAAGAUGCCUACAGCAACCAUGUCCCGGGAAGAUUUGACACCACAAAAACCAUCAGCGUUGCCUCUGGAUCAAAGCUAGUCCAAGAAAGGACAGACUUCACCAAGACGAAAGCCACACAGGAUUAGGAACACGGAGAGGAGGGGCAGGCCUUGCUCCCAGCCUCCCCCGCCCGAGCAGCACGGAGCUUCCCGGGUCUGCGGAGCGCGGCGCCGGGCCGGAUUUUGGGCUGGAGACCCGCGGAGGUGCUGGGCCCCAGCCAGCCGAGAGCUGGCUCACCACACAGGGCACCCCAAACUAGUGGCUUUCUGUGACCGGAGACUGCGUCUCAUUCAGGGUUUGAGGGAAUUUUCGGGUGGGGAGGGCGGGGGUGGGGGUGGAAACUUUCAUUGACUGCUAAACUCAGGUAUAUUUUUCAGGGUGGAAGAGGACGAUGAUGGAAUUUUACUUGUAGUAUUAACGUGUGUGUUUUGGAGCUGGAUCCAGUUUACAGAAUUUAACCUGUUGCCUUUCUAAAUAAAUUUCUGUUGUUGGUGAAUGUAUUGUACAUAAUGGGGGAGGGGGUGGGCCCAGCUUGUAGUGGGCUUAGCACUGGAGGAAUUGUUAACUGUUUACAAUCAUAUCACACUGAAAUCUUUCAGGAGAGGGUGACAGUUUGGGGGCAGUGGGGAGAGGUGAGGAAAUGUUUGAUGGAUGACUUGCUGUCCCCCUUCCUGUCCUCUGCAACCAAGACACGACCCCAUGGCUGGUUGACUUAAUAGCGGGAAUUGCUCAGGAGCAUAACAUGUCCUCCUCUUUCUCUUGUCUUCUUCCUCCUUCCCCUCUCACCCCCACCUCCACCCCUCUGGAUCCAGGGCCUGAGUGCACUUCCAACUCCUGUCAUCAUGGGGGAACAAGGAAUCUAGGACCAGGAAUUGAAACCAGGGCAGGACACCCAUGGCAUUGUCCCUUCUGCUAGUAUAGUACCCUUCUCCCUGCCUUUCUGGUAGAAGAAGUGUGUGCUCUAGAAAAGAGAAAAUGGCAUAACUGGUCAUCUUAAAACUUAUUUUGGUGAAACCAGUGCAGCUGCAGGUGGAGCAGCACCUAUCCAGUAGAACAAGGGUCCCCACCUCUUUCUCUGACCCUGGGCUAAAUUCACUUCUUAGCAGCAGUGAAGCAGAAAGUGCCACAGGCUUCCUGAGCACUCUUGCUGAGGAGGAAGAGCAAGAAGCUGCCCUGGGGGAAUGGUAGGAUUACUGCAGUGAGCCAUUUGUUGGAUUUGGCAUUUGCAAGUUGCAGGUGAAUUGGGAAGCACUCAGGCACUCAUUCAGAGGUAGAAGUUGAGGUUGAUUGGCUCAGAAGCUGAGGGACCAAAGGGCUGCAUGCUCCAGUUGAGUUGGUUUUACUUUGUUGUCAGGCAGCAGGUCCUACAGGGCCAGUGGCAGCUUCCCCGAGUACAGUGGCAGUACUGCGCUGGGAAAACCCCUCUGUGCCAGUGCUUGGACAGCCACUGCUUGUUCAAGUGAGUUCUGUAGGAAUUUCAUCUGCAUUUAUUCACAUCUUAAAGCUAACACGCAGUUGAUUAUUCUUGGGGAAGCUGGAGUAAAAAAGGGGAGUUUUUGAGUUAUGAGCCUAGGCAGCAAGAGUUGCUGGUUGCACUGGGAGAGGACAGUGCAGGUUAAAAAGAGGAUCUGGCAAGGAGUGGGACACAGAGUAUGGAAGCAGCAGGAGCACAGAGCAGCCUGCUCUUUAGUCUGUGUGAUACCAGCUAGAGGAGGAGUACUGUCUCCAGUUUCUGGAGAACUUUUCUGUCUGAUUUCUUAUUUUGGAUGGUGCCAUCACCCAUGUCUUCAGCUGGAUUGCACCAGGAUGCAUGACUGUACUGCCUUUGUCCUGCUGUGUAGAUCUGCCACAAGCUGGCAGAGCUUUUCAAGGAAAUGGCAGCUAGCAUCUGACUGAGCCAUUGCUCCUUCUGUCCUAACCUUUUGGAAGAACAAAAAGCCUAAAAGAUGAGAAAUAUUCUUUCCUGAAAUAGUUGGGCAAAGGGAGGACUGCCAUGUUAGUGCUCAGUGAGCCUCACUUCUCUGUUGCUAUACUUACUUUUGCCUCUGAUGAGCUGUGUAGGGCCAAGGCAUUUUCCAAGCCUAACAGGAGUUAAAAUUCCUCGUGUGACUGCACAAGUGUGCUUCAGAUGCAGUUCUUACCCACUGCUGCAGCCAGUCUGUGAGCUGUAGCUGCUGGCUGCUUAGGCCAGGCAGUUGCCUGGGACAUCUGUCAAUGUACUGUGGAUGACUUCCAAUAUCUGUCUACAGAUGCCAUUACAUUAGGAAAGGGAAGCUGGGGUUUUUGGUGUGGAUUGUUUUGUUUUUUUUUCAUUUGCAUUCAUCUGUCAGGGAGCAAUUUUGACUGGUGGAUUGAUCUAAACUGGAGGAGAUAAUCCUGGAGGUUGGUCUUUGACUGAGAAAUGGGUAACUGCUUUCCCCAGCCACAAACAUCAUGAUAUGUCUCUAAGUAUAACUCCUUUAAGACAACAAACCUGGGACAAACACAGUUGCUUCUCCUUGUAAAGCAGUCUUUACUUCACUGUAGAUAUAAAAAUAAUUGGAAAUAACAGCUUUAAAAACAGAGGAACUGGAAAAUAUAACUUGCAGCAAAGCAUUGAAAACUGGAAAUGGGAAUGUAGAUUCUGCAAAGAAGCCCUGCCUUACUUCAGCCUGUCUUCUGUGUCACAGCCAGCUGAAUAUUUGAAUGGGCCUCUCCUUCAGCCCAUUGUGAAUGUUGCAGAACAGGAGGUUUUUAGAUGCUACAAAAACUUUCCAAGCAGGCUGAAGCACACUUCAGCUGGAACUGGCACUGAAAACAUGGUUCUAGUGGUCAUGGCCUCUGCAUGGGUACCAAGCCUCAAUCAAAACAGGAGCAGCUAAGGAGAGCAGGAAUUGCUUGUGGUCUGCCUGGAGAGGGUAGUGCAGUGUUAGACAGUGAUAGAUACCCUCACCUGACAGGAGGCAAAUCUGGGAGAAGGGUUUGACUUGCAGCUGUGGAAAACAACACCAGGUAGUGAAGCUGACUCCUCUGGAGGCUUUCUUGGUAAAUGGCUUUGGAUGUAGUCAGUAAUUUUUGUUAAAGUGGCUAACAAGCUGCUGUUUUGAGGACAGAUGGUUUCUGUUGGAAAAGUACUUGUAAAGAAUACAGGGAGCAAUGGCUGGGCUUUCCUGAGGACAGGACAUGCUGAGGUGGAGAGAUGCUGCUGGAGUCUUAGAUUGGAGUUUCCAGGCUUUCAAAUGCUUUGUUCAUAAGUGAGGGUUGGGAGUUUUUCCUUUCCCUCUUACAAUAUCUAGGGAUCCCCUCAAAAUCAGAGCCUCAUCUCGCUAGCUACAAUCUGAGCAAAUCACUGAAAACUGACUCCUCUCAGAGGGAACAGCCCUGGGAGAGGAUUGCUGGGCUGGAAUACCCAUGCAAAUGUAAGGAGGAACAGAUAAUGUGAAUUUUAUGAUUUCCAAACCUUGCUGCUUUGUAGAUAUUGUGGCAGAUAGGUUUGAGGGAUUUAGAAGAGUAGUAUCACAGCUGUUUAUGUACAGAGUGGUGUUUUGUGCCAUGGGUUGGAUUGCAGUGCAGGAGAAGUGUAGCUGCACUUUAAAAUAAGAUGGCUUUUGAGUGCCAUGCUUGUGCCACUAUCUUAAAUUUUGAACACAAUACAGAGAAACUCCAGUGCGUUCCCCAGCAUUGUUGUAGUACAAUAGUUUACCAGGUGGUCCUUCUUCAGAAACCAUCCUGAACUAGUGACUGCAAAAUUUCCUGCAGCUAUUGCUUUUCCCAUCUGGAGGAUGUGUUUUGCUAUAAUUACAGAUUUCAUGUUAAAUGAGUUUAUAUAAUACAUAGAACAAUUAUGAAGUUGACCAUGCUCAAGCACGACAAAAAUUUCCCAUGUUCUCAGAAGAGCUUUGUGUGCUCCUGUACCUUUUUAGCCUCUUGCUCUCCCCACCACUUCCUCCUUUCUAAGUGGUGUGUGGUGUUCCCAAGCUCCCUGGAUGUCAAGUUGCCAUUGCAAAGGCUGCUGUAUAAAAUCCCCCUGAGACUCUGAAUCUUUGGGCAUCUUAGGUGAUACAGGCCCUAGCAAUUCAACUGGAAAGGGCAGUCACUGAGUGUGACUUUUAACAAACUUAGAAGUUUGCAGUCUAUAAAUUCCAUGGUGUGACCCACCAAACCACUCAGUAGCAAUCCAAGGCACAAGCCUGCAAUGAGGAGGACAAAAGAGGAAAGCAAACUUGAAGCUUCAAGGCCCAACUAGUUUGAUUUGUGACUUUGAGGAGACACUUUUUCUUGGAAGCUUCUGAUUCUUUCUUGUCUGCCAAAUGCCUUUCCCAUGCAGGCUUUCCGAAGCAAAUCGCCCAUGUAUAUUUUUGUAAGUGUGGUUUCUCAGGGUCUUGGAGAGCUAUCAGCUUUGUGAUGUCUUAUCUGAAAGCAAGUCACAGUGACUGUCUUUCAUUCUGCUGACUGAGGCAGCUCCCCUGCAGGUUCUCACCCCAACACUUCUCCAUUUAAAAUGAAAGUAUAAUUAGAAAACAAUCUUAUAAUCUUUCUUUAUUUCUCCACUGAUCCCUGUCAGGUUUUUGUUCAUCUCUCUGUUCAGCCAGAGUGGUUUCUUUGUUCUUGAUGGCUUUGUUCUGCUUUCCUUUUCUGAAAAGACUGUGUUGCUGUAUGCUUUGUGGAAUUUCAGAGAAGGUGCUGAAAUGAGUGACAGGGAAGUGUCAUCCCAAAGGAUGGCUUGGAGAAGACCAGCAGUACAAUCUGUGAUGGUGUAGUUGGUCCUGGCUCCCCUUGCUGCAGAGCAGCCAUGCAACUGGGUCUGCACUUAAUCAGAGCAACCCCUUAAAAAGUUUUUAUUGUGGUGCAUCAGUGGAGGAAGAGGAGUUUACUCUUGCAGAAUUCCUGUUUUGCUUUAAGGCGGGUGCUGGUGCUUCAGAGCAGUUGUGUGAGUGCCAGGUCCUUCCUGCAAGGCCAGGGCUGAGAUAGCUGUGCAAGGAGGGCUGCAGCUGCAGCCCCUGUGAGCUUUGAGAGCCUGUGCUUAUUGCAGGGAGAGAGCAUCUCAAAGGUUGCCCUCACCCCUCUCCUCAUCUGAACCUGUUUCACAUGGUGGGGGUGAGCACGCUGAGGAGGAGAGCUCUUUUAACCACCACAUAAUGAACUGUUCCUUUUGGUUUUCACUCUGCCCACCUCCCACUCUGAAAAAGAGCUGGGGAGGGACCCAUUUCCAGCUGUGUCCCAACAGGAGCUGCUGGGGACAACCAGGACAAGGCUCAGUCCACGCCUAAGCAGGGAAACUCAGGACAGGGUUUAAUGGAUUUGAGACUAGAUAUUAACAUCCAAGUGUACCUUUGAAGUGAGCUGUGUUGUGCCCUUCCCUUUGUGGUCACUGUCUUGCCUUGGCUGACAUGCAGGAUUUGGGAGACCGUGGAGCAUUUUGUAGAUCUAACACUGAUGGUCUUGCAUUGAUUGAGGGCUUUUUUCCUUCAUUUGCAGCCAUGGCCUAGAUUUCUUUUGGCAAAUGUCUUCCUCUUUUUGAAACGUGGAUAUCAAAGUGAACAGCCCAUCCAGGAGAGAGCUACGUCCACCAGGGAAAGAGGGGACAAAGGAUUAAUUAGGACUGAGGCUUAAUUGGGAUUUUCACCAACUCUAGCAUGUCCCUCUGUCCUUUGCCCCUUUUAUUUGGAAACACUUGGCUCACUUAGCAUGAGGGCAGUAAGUGGAAUAUCUUCUAAAUAAAAGCAGAACUGACUCUGUGUGAGCACAAUUCCCCUGCUGUGGACAAAGUCAGACCAGAGAGCCACUGGGGACUCCUUGGGACAUCAAAUGAGUAAGGGGCCUGCAUCACCUGGUGCACCCAAACACUGAGACACGGCAGGGGAGCCCAGGCCUCAACUCUCAGUCUGGAAAGUCCUCUUGAUUCCCUUUUGUAUCAUAUGCCAACCCUUCCCCUCUCCUUUCUUCCCAGCUUUCAAGCCUGUUUCCCUCUGCUGGCCUCACUGCAGUCGGUGCUGUCAAGUGCAGGGAUGAAAGGGCACAGGGCUGGCCUUGCCAGCUGCCUCCUCUGCACACACACACACACACAGAGCAGCUGGGGGGAGCACAUUUACUCUCCUCAUGAAAUCAGGGUGUCCUCAGUGGCUCAUGAGUGUUCUCUUGUGUGCCCCUGGGGUUUGCCACCCAGGCGUAGUGCUGUCUGCCCAUCUGCCAGUGCAAGGGUUUGCUCCUGGUCCCACACGUGAUCCUGGCAUGUCUACCUCCAGGGGGGUUUAGGUUAAAAAUGCCUGUGCAUGUACUGUGUACAGCUGUGGAAACUCUUGUCUCUCCUCCCUGAUGAUCAGUGAGUGCUGCUGCCUGAUUUUCUGAGCAAUAAUAACAUGCAGCAGUGCAACGUUGACCUUCCUGUACUGUUUUAGGGUAAGAUGGCUGUGGAACACACUGGGGUCUCAGUCGGAAGUGAGGAGCUCUCUGUGGCCCUACAUUUUAUCAUGCCAUGUUCCUGCUUUCCCAGAGACUGGUGGGUGGUUGAUUUAGGUAGCCAUGAGAGAGCUGGUUGCUGCUUCUGUGUUUGGGAAGGCAGAGAGGGAAGGGAGCAGUUGGAUAAAGUUGAGCCUCAUCCACCCAUCCAUCCACAGAGCAGAGCACAUGGAAGAGGGGUGGGUGGACCACUGAUUUAAUGCCUCUGGGGGAGGAGAAUGACCCACUGCUGCUUCCCUUGGCAUCGCUGGGGAGGGAGUGGGGGAGCCUAUGCCACUACAUCCGUUCAUUUUUCUGAAGUUGGGUAACAUUGGGGUUGUUUUUGUAUUAUUGUAAGUUUGUAAAGAAUGUAAUCUGUCUGUCGGGGGCACAAGGAGAAAACGGGGGCCUUUCUCUUUUUGGGUGAGGCUGUUCUUAUGUUGCUGUGCUUUUUGUUGUUGGGCAGGGAGGGGUCUAGUGGCCAUGGGGGCAAGAGCCUGGCCCUUGUCAAUGGCUUGCAGCUGUCCCAGGGUGACAGGAGGGUGAGCUGAGGCUGCUGCAGAGACCUCCCACACCAAGCUGUGAAAAUGCCUCUGCCUGAGUCCCUCACUGGGGCUCUGCACUGGCAGGUUUUGCUGGGAGUGCUGGGAUGUCACACUCAAGGACUGGGCUUGCUGGUCCUCAGCUCAGCUGGAAACUGGGCUGAACAGCUGCCCAUGCUGUUUGGGAAAAAUUGGACUGGAUGGGCUCAGUUUAUCAGCUCAAGAAGGAGUUCAUGCUGGAGCUGCUCAUCCCAGCCCUUCUGUCCCAGCAGGGCCUCAGGGGCUGCACCCUCCAUCACCUGCUGCCCAAGCCCUCGCCUCCCUCCCCAUCCUGUAGAGCACAGUGUCAGGGAUCCUCUUCUCUCUCCUGCUGCUGCAAAGUUGUGUGAACUUUCCUGGUCAAUACUGGAAAGGGGAAUGCUAUUUAUUUUUAUAUUGUGUAUAUUUUGUCUUGGUCUGCUGAUUACCUUUGUUCCCCAAGAGCGACAGUUACCUCAAUAGUUAGUUUAAUACUGUGUGUUGGGUAAUUUUUUUAAAGAACUUUUUUAAAAUCUUGAUCCUUGGAGGUCUGUAGAUUUUAUUUCCAUAUGAAUUGGUUAUUUUGUAUAAAGUACAUUCUUAAAAUAGCAA